AUGAGAAGCAUGAGACUGUUUCUUUUACUUUCUCUCAAUGCUCUCGUGUUACUUGAAGCAUAUCGUUUUACCGAUGAAACUGAUAGGCAAGCAUUGUUGGAGUUCAAGUCUCAAGUGUCCGAAGACAGAGGUUUUUUGUCCUCAUGGAAUAACUCAUUUCCUCUGUGCAACUGGAAAGGGGUUACAUGUGGCCGCAAACACAAGAGAGUUAUCAGUUUGGACCUCGGAGGUUCGCAAUUAAGCGGAGUGAUAUCACCAUCCAUUGGUAAUCUUUCGUUUCUCAUAUCACUUAAUCUCUCUAUGAAUGCUUUUGGUGGAACCAUCCCUCAAGAGGUGGGAAACUUGUUUAGACUUAGAAACCUGUAUCUACACUCAAAUAUCCUUGGAGGAAGGAUUCCAGCUAGUCUGUCUAACUGCUCUAGAUUGUUCGACCUUUAUUUAGGUAGUAACCAUCUUGAACAAGGUGUUCCUUCAGAACUAGGUUCUUUGACAGAGCUUUAUGUUUUGUAUCUUGGCAAUAACAACUUGAAAGGGAAAAUCCCUGCCUUUCUCGGAAACUUAACAUCACUGUCAAUUCUUGAUGUUGGAAGCAACAACAUGAAAGGAGGAGUUCCUGAUGAUAUAGCUAGACUUACUCAAUUAGAUGCUCUUCAAAUAACAGAGAACAAUCUGUCUGGUGUUUUUCCUCCCGUUAUCUACAAUAUGUCCUCACUCGAGUAUUUAUACAUCGCCUUUAAUAAUUUCUCCGGUGGCCUCAGACCGGAUUUUGGUACUUUGCUACCAAACCUUCUAGAGUUAAAUCUUGGAAAGAAUUAUUUCACAGGAGCCAUUCCAACCACACUUUCCAAUAUCUCGACCCUUGAAAAGCUAGCAAUCAACAACAACAGUUUGACAGGAAGUAUUCCUCGGAGCUUUCGAAAACUAGGGAAUUUGCAAUGGCUACAUCUUCAUGGUAAUUCUUUGGGAAGAUACACUGCCGGAGAUCUUGAAUUUCUUGAUGCUUUGACUAACUGCACCCAACUAGAAUCAUUAUUGGUUAGUGAUAAUAGGCUUGGCGGUGACUUGCCUGCUUCCAUUGCCAAUCUGUCCGAGAACCUCAUCUCUUUUAGUCUUCAAAACAAUUUCAUAUCUGGAAGCAUUCCUUACGAGAUUGGGAAUCUCAUAAGUCUACAAACAUUUGGGUUAGGAGGCAAUAUGUUGGCUGGACCACUCCCCAUUUCUAUAAGUGAGCUCUCAGGAUUGAAGGUAUUGAGUCUUAGUUCAAAUAGAAUGUCAGGAGAGAUACCAUCUUCUGUAGGCAACAUCACUCGGUUGGAAAAACUCAGUUUGUUCGACAACAGUUUUGAAGGAACAGUUCCUCCGACUCUCGGUAAUUGCACCUACCUGCUACAUUUGUUGAUGGGGUAUAAUAAGCUUCAUGGGGCUAUACCACGAGAGAUUGUGCAACUUUCACCCCUUCUCACUCUGAGCAUGGAAGGUAAUUCCUUAACCGGCUCUUUACCAAAAGAUGUUGGACGAUUGGUACAUCUUGUUAAACUAUCUGUUGAGCAUAAUAAUUUAUCAGGCAGAGUCCCACAGGGCUUGGGAAAUUGUCUCUCAAUGGAAGAAAUUUAUCUCCAAGGGAAUUAUUUUGAUGGAGAUAUUCCAGAUUUAAGAGGGUUGGUGGGUGUUAAAAGAGUUGACUUGUCUAACAAUAAUCUCUCUGGAAGUAUACCUGGUUAUUUUGCAAACUUUUCCAAGUUGCAGUAUCUCAAUCUAUCCAUCAACAAUUUAGAGGGAAGGGUGCCAACAGAUGGAAAAUUUCAGAAUGCUACUAUAAUAUCAAUAUUUGGAAACAAAGAUCUAUGUGGAGGCGUCAAGGAAGUUCAACUAAAGCCAUGCUCUGCACAACCACCACCGAAGAGAACAAAGCGUCCUUUUUAUUUAAGGAAAGUUGUGAUCGGGCUUAGCACAUGCUUAGCUUUGCUUUUGUUGUUGUUCAUAGCUUCGGUUUCUCUGAUUUGGUUCAAAAAAAGAAAGAAGAACCAGCAUACCAAUAAUCCAACUCCUUCCACUUUGGGGGCCACCCGUGAAAAGAUAAGCUAUGGAGAUCUUCGAAACGCCACAGAUGGCUUCUCUUCAAGUAAUUUGAUCGGAUCAGGAAGCUUUGGUACUGUGUUUAAGGCAUUGCUCCCAACGGAGAACAAUCUUGUUGCUGUUAAAGUGUUAAACAUGCAGAGACAUGGCGCAAUGAAGAGCUUUAUGGCGGAAUGUGAAUCCUUGAAGGACAUAAGGCAUCGUAAUCUUGUGAAACUGUUGACAGCUUGCUCGAGUAUUGAUUUCAAAGGGAACGAGUUCAGAGCUCUUAUCUACGAGUUCAUGCCAAAUGGGAGCUUGGAUAUGUGGCUGCACCCGGAAGAAGUGGAAGAGACUCGUAGGCCUUCAAGAACAUUGACACUUAUUGAAAGGCUCAACAUUACCAUAGACGUGGCUUCUGUUUUGGACUAUCUUCAUGUUCAUUGUCAUGAACCUAUAGCUCAUUGCGAUCUCAAGCCAAGCAACAUCCUCUUAGACGAUGAUUUGACUGCACAUGUUAGCGACUUUGGUCUCGCUCGUGUGCUCCUCAAAUUUGACAAAGACUACUUCCUCAAUCAACUCAGCUCGGGCAACGUUAGAGGAACCAUUGGCUAUGCCGCACCAGAAUAUGGAACAGGAGGGCAGCCAUCAAUACAUGGUGAUGUGUAUAGCUUUGGGGUUCUUGUUUUGGAAAUGUUCACCGGAAAACGGCCAACGAGUGAGCUAUUUGGGGGAAACUGUACCCUUCACAGCUACACCAAGUCGGUGUUGCCAGAGCGAGUAUUGGACAUCGCAGACCAAUCCAUUCUUCACAGCGGUCUCAGAGUUGGUUUCCCUGCUGCUGAGUGCUUGACAUUGGUUUUGGAUGUGGGUCUUAGGUGUUGUGAAGAAUCACCAAUGAACCGGUUGGCGACUGCUCAAGCCACAAAGGAGUUAAUCUCAAUCAGAGAGAGGUUCUUUAAAACCAGAAGAACAGCUAGACGCUGA